UCUCAUUACAUAUCGUUUUCUACUAUGUCUCUUCCUACCUCUCUCAUGUUUCUUUCCGCCCAUCUCAAAAAAGGCAUUGCUUUUGACGAUUUGAGCGGUUUUCUCAAGUGGGUUUGAAAUUUCCGCUGUCUCUUUUUUGGUUAUGGUAUGAUUGCACGUGGUUUUGGAUUGGUUCCUGAUACUGAAGGAAGAUCUAUUUGAAGAUCUUCUGUUUUAUUUCAUUGUUGUAGGGCCUGUGAUAAGGUUUGUAAAAAGACAUCGCUGACAAGUGAUUAGUUUUGGAUUUUUCGGGGUUAAGUUCGAGCAAUUUUGGCAGAGAUUAAGCACCAUGUUGUGCGCUUGCUCGGGAGAGCGGUUCAAGUUCGAGGAGGCACCUCAGUCGCCAGAAUCUCUAGCGACAAGGGAUUUUUCCGCCAGCGGCCUCUCAUCGAGAACUGGGGAUUGGGAUUCGAAGUUUGAUGAUUGCCAAGUCGAUGAUGUAGAAUCUACUCUAAAAGAAGCUCUCUCUCUAAACUAUGAGGAAGCCAGAGCGUUGUUGGGUCGGCUAGAAUAUCAGAGGGGGAACUUUGAUGCCGCGCUUCAGGUAUUUCAAGGAAUCGAAAUCCGCAGUUUGACACCGAGGAUGACGAAGGCCAUUGCUGAAAGAACUCGCCAAAGGAAAGGGCGUUACAGAGGCGAGAGCUUGCCGGCACCUGCAAUGUCGAUGCAUUCGGUGAGCCUACUUCUGGAGGCAAUGUUACUUAAAGCUAAGUCAUUGGAGGAGCUUGGGCUAGCUAAAGAUGCUGCAAGAGAGUGUAAAAUUAUUCUGGACACGGUUGAAUCUGCAUUACCUAAUGGGAUGCCAAACAGUAUUGGUGAGGACUGCAAGAUGCAAGAGAUGUUUCACAGGGCGUUGGAGCUGCUUCCUGAGUUGUGGAAACAAGCUGGAUUCCUCGAUGAAGCCAUUAUUGCAUACAGGCGUGCCCUUAUCAAGCCAUGGAACUUAGAUGCUCAAAGGCUGUCUAGAAUUCAGAAAGAUUUAGCUGCACUGCUACUAUAUGGUGGUGUCGAAGCCACUUUCCCGCCUCAGUUGCAAGUGUGGGGCACAGGCUCCCCCAAGAGUAAUAUAGAGGAAGCGAUUCUAUUGUUGUUUAUCCUAAUGAGGAAGGUGGCUUUUCGGGAAAUAGCUUGGGAUUCUGAAAUCAUGGAUCAUCUAACCUUUGCAUUGUCAGUAUCCGGGCAAUUCAUAGUCUUGGCCGAUCAUAUCGAGCAGGUGGUGCCCGGUGUCUAUACCAGAGUAGAGAGAUGGUAUCUUCUCGCUCUAUGUUACAGCGCUGCGGGUCGAAAUGAUGCUGCCUUGAAUAUUUUAAGGAAGGUACUUAGUCAUUCGAAGACAAAAAACAAACACCAUCUUCCAUCGCUUUUAUUGGGGGCAAAGUUGUCUUCUCAAAAUCCAAAACAUGCCCACGAAGGGGUUGAUUUCGCUCGGCAAGCGAUCAAGUUCAUUGACUGUCGAAGAGACCCACAUCUCAUAGGUGUUGCGCAUCACUUGCUUGGUGUUUGUUAUGGUAAUUGUGCUAGAGUUUCCAUCUCAGACUCUGAAAGGCUCCACUUUCAGAAAGAGUCUCUAGUAGUGCUGCACCAUGCCACCAUAAUCGAGAAAGACAACCCAGAAAUCAUACUGAGCCUAGCUGUGGAGAAUGCCGUGCAACGGAAUGUGAAUGCAGCUUUAGAUAAUGCAAGAACAUACUCAAACAUGGUGGCUGGAAGCUCGGCAAGGUGUUGGAAGCUAUUAGCCCAAAUGAUGUCCACAGAGCAGCACUUCGAAGAUGCCAAAACCGUUGUUGAUAUUGCUUUAGAUGAGACUGGAAGAAAGGACCAAUUAGAAAUUUUGAGGUUGAAAGCUCUGCUUGAAGUUGCUCAGGAACAGCCCAAGCGGGCAAUAGAGACCUAUAGACUAUUGCUUUCUCUGGUUCAAGCACAAAGGGACCAAAACGGGAAUUCUGAUCAUGAGGCAGAAGCCGCUAAGAAAUUAGAAAUGGAAGCAUGGGAGGAUUUGGCAAAGAUUUACACGAAACUCGGAUCAUGGCCUGAUGCAAAAGUCUGUUUGGAUAAAGCCAAGGCGAUUGGAUUUCAUUCUCCUAACAAUUGGCAUGCAACAGGCAUGUUAUUGGAAGCCCAAUCAUUAGACAACGAAGCCCUUGAGGCCUUCUCAACUGCACUUUCAAUCGAACCAGACCACGUUCCUAGCAUGGUUUCAACAGCGGUGAUACUAAGGAAAUUUGGAGGGAGUUCACUGCCGAUUGCUAGAAGCUUUGUAAUGAACGCUCUACGAUUAGAACCCAUGAAUCACAAUGCAUGGUUGGAGCUUGGGUAUGUGUCCAAGAUGGAAGGCUCGCUACAACAAGCCGUUGAUUGCUUCCAAGCAGCAUUUGAGCUCAAACAAUCAUCGCCUGUACAGGAUUUUGUGUGAACUCACCUCCCAAUUCAUUGCAUUGGUGAGAACUUGAGUUCUUCAUGAGUUCAAUUGUCAUGCGAUAACUUAUAAAAUCCAUGCAGCUGUAGAGCCACUAAACCGAAGACAAAGGGCUACAAGAUAUGUACCUGAUCGCUGCAUCAUUUUUCGCAGAGAGCGGGCCCCACAAAUUUCCCAAGUUAAAUUCAGGAUGUAUAUAAGUUGUUUGUGUUACUGAGGCCAUCUGACUGAAAUGCAAGAGGGGGGACUUGGAAUGGAACUGAAUCUUGGGUUUGGUGGUUUUGUCCAACCUCUUUUAAGUACA